AUGGCCACUCCCACAGCAUACCAAGAGCACCUUCCAGCAUCACCCUAUUGGCUAAACAAAGGUGACAACGCAUGGCAAAUGACAGCAGCAACACUAGUGGGUCUUCAAAGCAUGCCAGGCCUAGUGAUUCUCUAUGCAAGCAUAGUGAAGAAGAAAUGGGCAGUGAAUUCAGCUUUUAUGGCUCUUUAUGCUUUUGCAGCUGUGCUAUUAUGUUGGGUCCUUUUGUGUUACCGAAUGGCAUUUGGGGACAAACUCUUACCCUUUUGGGGUAAGGGUGCCCCAGCACUAGGCCAAAAGUUCCUCAUAAACCGAGCAAAAGUCCCUGAAAGCACCCACUACUACCACAAUGGUACAAUUGAAAGUCCCACAAUGGAGCCCUUGUUUGGGAUGGCUUCAGUUGUUUAUUUCCAAUUCACUUUUGCAGCUAUUACACUGAUUUUAUUGGCUGGGUCUGUCCUUGGUAGAAUGAACAUAAAGGCUUGGAUGGCUUUUGUGCCUCUUUGGCUCAUUUUUUCCUACACUGUUGGUGCCUUCAGUCUUUGGGGUGGUGGCUUUCUCUAUCACUGGGGUGUUAUUGAUUACUCCGGUGGCUAUGUCAUCCAUCUUUCCUCUGGAAUCGCUGGCUUCACUGCUGCUUACUGGGUUGGGCCUAGGGAGAAGAGUGACAGGGAAAGGUUCCCACCAAACAAUGUGCUGCUUAUGCUUGCAGGUGCUGGCUUGUUGUGGAUGGGGUGGUCAGGGUUCAAUGGUGGAGCACCAUAUGCAGCAAACAUUGACUCUUCUAUUGCUGUGCUCAACACUAAUGUAUGUGCUGCUACUAGCCUUCUUGUAUGGACCUCUCUUGAUGUCAUAUUUUUCAGUAAGCCUUCAGUAAUUGGAGCUGUUCAGGGUAUGAUGACUGGGCUUGUUUGCAUCACCCCAGGUGCUGGGCUAGUGCAAUCUUGGGCUGCAAUAGUGAUGGGAAUCCUAUCAGGAAGCAUUCCAUGGGUGUCCAUGAUGAUCCUUCACAAGAAGCUAAGCCUUCUUCAGAAGGUAGAUGACACACUUGGAGUGUUUCACACACAUGCAGUGGCUGGCCUUUUGGGUGGCCUCCUCACAGGUCUCUUGGCAGAACCACAGCUUUGUACACUCUUAUUGCCAGUGACUAACACAAGGGGUGCCUUCUAUGGUGGUGACGGUGGUGAGCAAUUUUUUAAGCAAUUGGUAGGGGCAUUUUUCAUCACUGGAUGGAACUUAGUCUCCACCACCCUCAUUCUUCUUGCCAUACAACUGUUCAUACCCUUGAGGAUGUCGGAGGAGCAACUCGAGAUCGGCGACGAUGCCGUCCAUGGCGAAGAAGCUUAUGCCCUUUGGGGUGAUGGAGAAAAAUACGACCCAACUAAGCAUGGAUCAUCAAAAGUUGAUAAAACUUCAUCACCCUUUGUUAGUGGUGCAAGGGGUGUAACUAUAAAUGUAUGA